AUGUCUGGAUUCGCUGAUUUCGACGCUGGUCAUCGUGACUUGGUAACUGUCACCAAAUUCAAUUUUUAUGGUAAUCGCAUUGUUACGGCCUCUUCCGAUCAUCGUAUGAAAGUAUGGGAUCAGAAAGACGGUGAAUGGCAAUUAAUUGACACCUGGCGUGCACAUGAUGCUGAGAUCCGCGAUGCAAGCUGGAAUGGUCCGUUUACGGGCCAACAUAUAGGUAGUGUUGGUGAAGACAUGAAAUGCAAGAUAUGGCAAGAAGAUGUCACCCAACCUCUUAACUCUGGCCGACGCUUCCGGUCUAUAUUUCGCAUGACGGCACCACACCGGCAUCCAUUCGUCUCAAUUGACUUCCGCAAUAUUGACCUCGAGUCGUGGCUUGCUGUCAUCACACGAGAUGGAUUUCUGAUGGUCAUGGAACCCGUAAGUCCAGAUACACUCGCGGACUGGCAACCUCUUGAUCAAUUUCGUGUUUGCACUGCGCCCCAAAGAGGCGAGGAAACAAGUUUUAAGGUGCAAUUUCACCACGAUCCCACAGAUAUCACCCACUCAGUUUUGCCAUCUUCGGAUCGUAAAAGCCUCUCACUAGUAGUGGCAGCUAUGGACAGUGUGAAAGUAUAUCGCACCGAUGCCAGUCGACGUUUCUACCACGCAAUUGAGCUGUCGAGCCAUGGAGGCCUUGUGAGAGAUAUUUCUUGGGCCAAUGGCUCUGUUCGCGGCUAUGAUCUUAUCGCUAGUGGUUGCAAGGACGGUUUCAUCCGAAUUUUCGAGAUUUACACAUCCGCCGCAGACAACGAGCCUCACGGUUCGAACGGCGAGCAAUCCCGGCCAUCCACACAAUCAUCUUCGAUCCGUGCAACAACGCAAUCGGGCAUAGGUUCUGCCCUUGCGAGUCGCGCUCCGAUGUCUAUGGCCAGCCGCUCAGCAACGGGGGACGCUCAAUUUAAGCAUACUUAUAAAGAAGUAGCGUGUAUCGACAGCAAACAUCUAGACGUGUGGCAGGUGGGCUUUUCGUACUCUGGUGAUUGUCUCAUUUCCUCUGGUGACGAUGGUACUGUACGAUUCUGGAAGAAAUCCCUAUCCGACGAAUGGUUGGAAUACGCCGAAACUGAUAUGACUUAUUGA